AUGCAACUGAAAAAAAUGAGGGAAAUUUUACCAACGUUGUACCCUGGCCAAGUUAAUGAUAAAAAUAAUUCUUUAACUACAUCCCCAAAGCAGUCUUCUGAGGAUAAAACAAAUCCCUCGAAAGGGGAUGAUGACCAAAACUUCUGUUACCAAGGGACUGAGGCUGAGAACAACAAGCUGUCACUGAUAAGCUGUACAAAAUGCAGAAGUGUUCAGAAAAUUUCAGUGCAAGAUAUAGAAAAGCAUAAGACACCUGGGUGGACCGAAGACAAAAGUUUCAUCUGCAAGAAGUGCAGUCAUAAUACCCCACCAGCUUUCCAUUUUGUCCCUGAGGGUGCCAGUGCUGUAGAGUUUGAAAACCAUGAAAAAAGAUCCCCAAACAAAGCGCAGAGAACAUUUAGAGUUAAAAACUUUCUGCCAGGUAAAUACUACUGUGAUAAAUGUAGAUUUUCAACAAAGGAUCCUUUACAGUAUAAAAAGCAUGUAGGCCAACAUGAAGAAAUUAAAUUUAUUUGUUCCCACUGUGGUUACAUAUCCUACACCAAAGGAGAAUUCCAGAGACAUUUGGUGAAACACACAGGGACUUUUCCGUAUCAGUGCCAGUACUGUGAGUAUGGAGCUGUCAGGCAUGACUAUAUAGUAAAACAUACGAGGAGAGUACACGAAACACCCUCCAGACGGCUGGCAGGUGCUGUCGUAAACCACAAGCAAAAGAAACUGAGACAAAGCACUUUAUCUGAAAAGCAGAAACAUGAUAAAAUUCCUUUCCAGAAUGAACUUUCAAAUUUGUCAUCAAAGAUGGUUUGUGAAAUUCCAGGUAAAGCAACUAAAACAGUGUCUUCAUCUCCUGAUGUGGAAUGUAGUGUAAACACAGCAUCUGUCCAGGAUAAAACAGUAUUGGAAGCAUCUGAAACGAGUGUGUGUGAGAAUCAAAGUGUGGAAGUUGAGGUUUAUUCUCCAAAAACAGAGCCUUUACAACCUGGGAUGCCUUUAACAGUAAUUGCACCAUCUGAACUUGUGGUUCCUUCUAACUGUUUAGCUCAGAUAGUAGAGAUUAAAAUAGUGAAUGGAGCACAACAGCUGGUUCUUAAACUAAUUCCUCUGCAGGAAGCAACUUACAAACCUGUGAACAGUGCUGAGGAGGAACUUGAGAAUCAAAGCACAGAACCGUCUGUAGAAGGAAAAAAGACAUCUAAUAUUUCUCAAAAUGAGUUACUAACUACGGAAGUGAAUGUAGACAAUUUAUCCAGUGUUAGCAACCAGCUUAAUAUGGAUAGUUCAUAUGACAAGAAUGCUGAAUGUUUUUCUGAUUCUCAAGUCUUGGACUGUAACUCUGUAUCUAUACAGAGAGAAGAUACAUCAAAAUUAUGCUUUCAUUUGGUGAAAGGUAUUGACGUUCAUUCAGGUAUUAUAGAACUUUGUUCUCCAUCUUUGGUGAUGAAUAGUACUGAAAAAGAGAGUGAUCUUCAAUUCUCAAGGUGGGAAGUAGGUGGAAAAAAUAACAUGCGUUAUGACUUGUAUUGUUAUGAAGAGGGUGUGACUAGAUCUCCAAAGUUUGCUGCUCUUUCUGAAGGUAAAAGUUCCAAGAACAUUUUAGUAGAGGCUGUUCAGGAGGGUGAAAAUUCUUCUUCCUUAGUUUUUAAACAAAAGGAUGUGUUGCCUCUAAAAAGAAAUAACAAAGAAUGUAGGACUAUGCCAGACCGCUCUACAGAAGCACCGUUAGCCGAUAAGGGUUUUGACAAAAAAUCUGUUACAUCAUCUGAAGCAGGAAAAAACUGUCGUGUCACUAAAACUCUACCUUGCAAGGAUGUGACUUUUGGCUGUAGCAAAGUAAAAAGAAGUGAAACCAUAUGUCAAAAAACCAGUCAUCUUCUGGAAUCACUAGAGCUACAGAAGAUGCAAAACAAAGGCUACACUUUUGAAGGACCUGUUAUUUCGUCUGUAUUUUCUCUGAGCUCUGGGGCUGAAAAUGUUCCAGAGGAUGUGAGAUGGGAUAAUGCAACAUGUAAUAAGAAGUCAGCAACAUUGUUAUGUAGAAAGAUUGCUCAGCUCAUAUCUGCUGCUGAAUACAACAUGAAACCCCUGCCUUUGAGAUGUCAAGCUUCUAGUAAAAAAGUGCUUUCCCCUCAAGAAAAUUCAUUAAGCUGUGAGAGACUUGUCCCUGCCACUGAAGCGGGAGAGUCUGCAUCCUUGCCUCGAGUGCACAGUGGAAUUGAUGUGAUUAGUAGCGAAGACCACAAUAAAGAUGAGUUGCUUACGUUUGCAAGAACAUCUAAAAGCAGAGUAACUAAAAAUUCCCAUGUUGCUACUCCAGUGUUUAUCCCCAAAGGGACAGUACUGAGAGUGCUGAACGUUACUAGCAGUCCAAACUCAAAUGGAAUAGAAAACAGUAGUGAAACAGCAGCUCCUAUGUAUUGCAAUGAAAUGUUUUUGCCUCGCCCAGUUCCUGUCAGUGUUUCCGAGACACUUAGCAGUAAUUUGCCAUGUUUGCCUCGUCAGGGUGAGCCAAAUGCUGAGUCCCGAAGUAUGUCACUCAGGCAAAGACCAAAGCGAGAGGCAAGCGUUAAAAAUAACAGCAAAGAAUCUGCUGUACCACAUCAGAAAAGCAGUGAUGGGAAUAAGCAAAGAAAACACUAUUCAAAAAGUCAACAAAGUCCCAAAAAUAAGAGAAAACAAGCAAGCCUCAGGGAACUUCCCAAGAGGAAAACAAGAACUCAGUCAGAAACCAGCUCAAGUUCUGACAUGUCAUAUCUGUUGACAGCAAGACGUCUUCGGCUUGUCCCUCUGAAAAUGAAUCAGUUGAUAAAAUGCCCUCGUCGUAACCAGCCGGUUGUGGUACUAAACCAUCCUGAUGUUGACUCACCAGAGAUAAUUAAUGUCAUGAAGACUAUCAACAAGUAUAAAGGUCAAGUCCUGAAAGUAGUUCUGUCAGAAAGGACAAGUAGUUGUCUUGGUGUCAAACGUUACCGAAAGCGUCUUACUCUUCAGAAUGGUGAGACAGGAAACCAAGCGAAAAAACAGAGUAUGUUGAAAAUGAAACUCAAAAAGACCCAUAAAAACAGCUACCAGGUGGUGGAAACUUCACCAACUGAAACACAUAAGUGUCUGUUUAAGUGCUGGUUUUGUGGAAGAGUGUAUAUGGACCAAGAAGAAUGGAUAAGUCAUGGACAGAGGCACUUGAUAGAGGCAACCAAAGGCUGGGAUGUUCUUUCUCUUCCAGCAAAAAAGCAUUAAGUAAGAGACUUAUUUUUAAUGAGUGCCAUUAACUUGCUUGGAAAGCAAGAUUGAAUAACUACUCUAUUUUGGCAAAAGGUCUCUACAGUUAGCAAAGUGGAAGAAGAAAGCAGAAUUGUAGAGACAGAGCAAAACCAAUGGUGAAGAUUAUGCACUACUUUGCACUCUAAUAUUUGACAUUUGUGUAGGAGGUCAACUUCACCUGUUCCA